AUGCGUGAAAUAUUAUCAAAUGAUAAUAAUGAUUAUUCGAAACAUAUUUUAUCUGAUAAAACAUCAUUAUCAACAUCAAAUACACCACCAUUACAAUCAAUGCUAUCAACAUUUGAACCAUAUGGUCGAAGUAAUAGUACAAGUAGUAUGCCAAGUAUUUCUGUCACAUCAUUUGUCACAUCAACUGGACGACAUCGUCUUCUACCACAAACACCAAACGAACACAUACGUCGUUCAUCAUCACCACGAUUUCUUCCAACACCACCAUUAUCAUUUCAAUCGGUAUCACCAUUAUUAUCAUUAUCAUCAAAAUCUACUACUAGUAGCAGUAGUACUACUACUACUGCUACUACUGCAUCUGAUUUAUCAGUUUAUCAGCAUCGGAAUUCAGAUCAGCGAUCAACAAUAACUGGAAGACGUCUACCGCAAACACCAAUUCAUAAUGAUUUUAUUACUGAUAAAAAGAAUAGAGUAGCAGUAAAACAACAAUAUUCAACAACUACUACUGCUAUUAAUAAUGAUAAUAAUGAUGAUGAUGAUAACGACGAUAAUACUGAUACUAAUAGUAUUACUGAUAAUAUUGUUGAUAAUGAAUGGCCAUCACCAACAGUUAUUCAACGAAAAUUUUCGGAUUUACAAAAAGUUUCACAAAAUGAUUGUAGUAAUUCAUCAUAUGAUACUUCAUUACGAUCAUUACAACGAUUAGCAUCUUUAAAACAACAACAACAACAACAUAAACAUAAACAACAACAGCAACAACAAGCAGGAGGAAAAUUUAAUCAACCACAAUAUUCGCUAGAUCAUUCAAGUGGUACUUCAACUAGUACAAAUGCUUAUUCACAAAGCUCAUCAUUAUCACCAUCCGUUGAACAGGUUUAA